AGCCUUGUACCAUGUGAUCUCUGUGAUCAUUCACAAAUUUCACACGUAGUAAGCAAUGAUGUCAGCAGUGACAUCUUGCUUACUACUCUGCAUGUGAUCACUGAUUGGCCAAUCAGUGAUCACAUGAUCGGGACCUCGCACAGAGGUCCCGUCCGACGAUCGGUGUUCCACUGUGUCCGGAGGACACAGCGGGCACCGGAUCGCGGUGCUGACCGUGCCCAGGGAGUGUGCACAAGUAGGGGGUGGGGAGGCCGUUUAUAAACUGCCACCUGACCCUGCACUGCCACC